AUGUCCAUCUCUGCCAGACCCAAGCAACGAGAAAUUUCACCAGAGGCCAUCGCGAAGUACGGGCUCAGGGUGGACGAGAUCAUGCCUACCUGCCUUCCGUCCACGGUCAAAUACUCAGAUGACCUUGGAUUCUACACUCAGUACGAACGCUACAGGUACAGCGAGCUACAAGGCUUCCUGGUCAACAACGUCGCCUUCAAGCCUCUUACAGACAUUUCCUUCCCUCACCAGCCUGGCAAUGGACUCUUCCUCGCCAGCCGCCGUGACAGACCGGAUCAAGAUACCUAUUUCUACUCCGCACAGCUUGAGCAUCGAGGUAUCCCGACCACAAAAUCUCAAGAAGUUGCAAAGAUACGCCUCUUCCUUGCCCCUGACAACGCAUCACUCGAUUCGGAUCUAGAGUGGACCCGAGAUGAGUUGAUGAUCCGUCUCCAACAUGCCGACAAAGAUCCCAACUAUCAUCGAAGAUUCAUUCCCGGCGAAGAUCGCCCGGUCCAAGCACCACCAGUCUCGUCCUUCUUCCGACGUCUGUACGAGCAACCCACGUCGUUGACCAACAACGCCAUCUCCGACCUCGCCACAAAGAAGCUACAAGAGCUCGACAAACAGCUAUCGCCGAACAAGACUAUCAACAACCCAGCUUUGAUCCUCGGCCGGUACAACCUCGUCUGCUACGGUCUGAACACGUCCGAGAGAACCGUGGGCCAAUGGAAAUCGACCUGCGAGGUCGUCAUCACCCUGUGGCAGCCCACGCGCCAGCUCUACGGCCGGUAUCGCAUGAACACCAAACACGGCGUCUUCACGCUCCCACUGCCUUCCAGCUUCUCCACCAAGUCUCGAGCUUGCAGUAUUGCAUUUGAGGAUUUCACCGGCGUGUGGCAUUUAGCGGAUGAGGAGGGAGCAAGUAUCGCCUUCCUGAGUUCCGAGCUCAUCGUUUUGGGCCCGGCGUUCCGCGGGGGGCUGAGCAAAGACAAGAAGGGGAGCAGUGGUGAGGAGCUGUUCGGUGUGAGGGAGAGCUGCAGGGACUUUGGGUUUGUCAGUACGUACUUCGCGAGGUUGGAUGGGAUGGAGCGACCGGGGCUGUUCAAGCGGAUGUGGGAGGCGGUAAAGGACGAGGCUAGCAAGUGA